AUGGGCUCCGGGCACGAAGGCGGCGCGGGCGCGCCCGGCGGUGGAGAGUUCUACUCCCCGCUCUACAACCCCGACACGGGCGCCUACCGCUUCCUCAUCGACGGCGAGUGGCGCGACUCGGCGUCGGGGCAGCUCGUGCACAACGCCAACCCGAGCAAGGGCAACGAGCGAUGCUUCGGCUUCCAGGCGUGCACGCGCGACGAGGUGGACGCCGCAUACGCCGGCGCCAAGGCGGCGCAGCGGCAGUGGGGCCGGAUCCCUCUCAACAAGCGCGCGUCCAUGCUGAAGGCCGCCGCGGAGCUCAUGCGCCAGCACCACGCCCCCAUCGCCGACGCGCUCAUCCGGGAGAUCGCCAAGCCCAAGAAGGAUGCCACCACCGAGGCGAAGCGGUCGGCGGAUCUCAUCGAAUACGCCGCGGAGGAGGGAUGCAGGAGCCUGGCGAAGGGCGACAUGAUCACGAGCGACUCUUUCCCGGGAGCCGAGCGCGAUAAGCUCUGCAUGGCGCACAAGGUUCCCCUCGGCGUCGUGCUCUGCAUCCCGCCGUUCAACUACCCAGUCAACCUGGCGGUGUCGAAGAUUGCGCCCGCGCUCAUCGCCGGCAACGCGUGCGUGGUGAAACCGCCGACGCAGGGGUGCGUCAGCGCGCUGAUGAUGGCGCAGUGCUUCAAAAAGGUGCCGGGUAUCCCGGCGGGGCUCGUGCAGGUGGUCACCGGGCGCGGCGCGGACAUCGGCGACUACAUGGUGGAGCACCCCGGCGCGAAUUGCAUCUCGUUCACGGGGGGCGACACCGGCCUCGCCGUGUCGCGCAAGGCUCGCAUGGUCCCGGUGCAGAUGGAGCUGGGCGGGAAGGACGCGUGCAUCGUGUUUCCGGACGCGGACCUCGACCUGGCGGCGACGGCGAUCGUCAAAGGGGGGUUCAGCUACAGCGGCCAGCGGUGCACGGCGGUGAAGAUUGUCGUCGCCUUUGAAGAAAUCGCCGACGCGCUCGUCGCCAAGGUUGAGGAGAAGACGCGAAAGCUGACGGUGGGCCAGCCCGAGGACGACGCGCAGAUCACCGCGGUGGUGAGCGCCGCGUCCGCGGAUUUCAUCCAGGGCCUCGUGGAGGAUGCCGUCGCGAAAGGGGCGACGAUGCGCACGGAGUGGCGGAGAGACGCGAAUCUCAUCUGGCCGUGCCUCGUCGACGACGUCACGGCGGAGAUGCGACUGUGCUGGGAGGAACCCUUCGGCCCGGUGGUGCCCGUCGUUCGCGUGGGGACCGAGGAGGAGGCGCUGCGGUACGUCAACGAGAGCAAGUACGGUUUGCAGGGGUGCGUGUUCACCCGCGACAUCGACCGCGCCAUCGGGAUCGCGGAUCGCAUGGAGACGGGUACGGUGCAGAUCAACGGGCCGCCGGCGCGGGGGCCGGAUCAUUUCCCCUUUCAGGGCGUCAAGGACAGCGGGAUCGGGAGCCAAGGGAUCGUCAACUCGAUCGAGAUGAUGACCAAGGUGAAGACCACGGUGAUCAACCUCGCCAAGCCCUCCUACGCCACGGCGUGA